UGUGACGGGAAUGAUUGAUUGGAAAUUGCUGCAAUCAGAGAUCGCCUUCUCUCCUUACCUUUAACUAUAUAGGACAUUUCCGCUACACAACCAUUCUUUGUGAUAAUGUCGGCAGAAGAUAGAACAAGAGACAAUGGCCCGGAAGGCAUGGAGCCCGAUGGUGUCAUUGAGAGCAACUGGAAAGAGGUCGUGGACAGCUUUGAUGACAUGAACUUGCAUGAGACUCUUCUCAGGGGAAUCUACGCUUAUGGUUUUGAAAAACCUUCUGCCAUCCAGCAGAGGGCCAUUCUCCCUUGCAUCAAGGGGUACGAUGUCAUUGCACAAGCUCAGUCGGGCACAGGCAAGACGGCCACGUUCGCCAUCUCCAUCCUGCAGCAGAUUGACAUUGAACUGAAGGCGACCCAGGCCAUGGUGCUGGCUCCCACACGCGAGCUGGCGCAGCAGAUUCAGAAAGUCAUCCUGGCUCUUGGAGACUACAUGGGGGCCUCCUGCCACGCCUGUAUCGGAGGCACCAACGUGCGCACUGAUGUCCAGAAGCUUCAGGCCGACGUCCCCCACAUCGUGGUAGGAACCCCUGGUCGUGUCUUUGACAUGCUGAACCGCAGAUACCUCUCGCCUAAGUACAUCAAGCAGUUUGCUCUGGAUGAAGCUGACGAGAUGUUGAGUCGAGGGUUCAAGGACCAGAUCUACGAGAUUUUCCAGAAGCUGCCCUCUGACACCCAGGUGAUCCUGCUGUCGGCCACCAUGCCCCAGGAGGUGCUGGAAGUCACCACCAAAUUCAUGCGUGACCCCGUCCGCAUCCUGGUCAAGAAGGAGGAGCUGACCCUGGAGGGUAUCCGACAGUUCUACAUCAAUGUGGAGAAGGAGGAGUGGAAGCUGGACACUCUUUGCGAUCUCUACGAGACCCUGACUAUUACUCAGGCCGUCAUCUUUGUGAACACACGCCGAAAGGUGGACUGGCUGACCGAGAAGAUGCACAGCAGGGAUUUCACAGUCUCUGCCCUGCACGGUGACAUGGAACAAAAGGAGCGUGACAUCAUCAUGAAAGAGUUCCGCUCUGGUUCCAGUAGAGUCCUCAUCACUACUGACUUGCUGGCACGUGGUAUUGAUGUGCAGCAGGUAUCCUUGGUCAUCAACUAUGACCUUCCCACAAACAGGGAGAACUACAUUCACCGAAUUGGCCGUGGUGGUCGUUUUGGCAGAAAGGGCGUGGCCAUCAACAUGGUGACUGAGGAGGACAAGCGCGCUCUGCGGGACAUCGAGACCUUCUACAACACCACCGUGGAGGAGAUGCCCAUGAAUGUGGCCGACCUGAUCUAGAUGCCCCCUGCCCACCGCCCUGACCCCCUUCCUUUGGGCCCUUAUCCCCCCCACCCAACCUCUCUUUCCUUUACUGCCCCCCACCCCAGAUGGCCCCCACCAUGUUUGAAGUUUUUGCCCAUCCACCACCACCACCACCCACCCACUCACUCUCUCACUUUUUUUUUUGGCUUAUUUUUGUUUUUUGUUUUUUUGCUCAACGGCUGGACACAUCCCAUUUUGUAGAGGGGCGGGUUUUAACUUGUAGCAUAAACUCAUCUUCACAGUAUUUCAGAGGAUUUCGAAAGAUCUUGGACUGAAAUGACUCAUUUGCCACUCAUUAAAAAAGAAGCCCGCCCCCGGAAAAACCACCUGUCCUCCAACAUGAUGGUGUACAAAUGCUGACUUGCUCUCUUUUUAAUUCCACGUGGAUCUGACUACUUGUAACAUUCAUAUUUUAAAAAGGAAAAAAAAGGUGUUUGUAAUUUUAAUUAUAUUUAAAAGGGUGGUCCGUUGUGCACACAAUAACAUGUAGAUUUGAGGUGGGUGGUGUUGUAUACUAUCAAGGAAUAAACUUUCUGAAGGUAGUUGCAAGGUGAGUGUUUGUUCUGAGGUGAUUGUUUCUCUUAGGGUCAGAGUAGUUUGUACUGACUUGAUUAUUUUGCGUCAAGAGGCUGAGAAAUCCUUGACCAAAGUAACAUUCCAGUAUUUCCACAAGCAAAAUUUACUCUUGUCAUUUUUGCCUCUUCAUUGGAGGAUGGGGUGAGCCGUUUCAAUAAAUGUAUUGAAAUCAAGAAAUCAUGACAUUUUUUUUUAUUUUUAUUUGAUUGGACACACUUUUUCUGCUGUCCAUAGAAAUAUUGUUUACUAUAUUGUAUAAUAGCGCCUACCACCCUUUCCCAUAGUUGCAGGUUGCUUAAAGGCAUUAUGGUGAAGCUAGUGGGAUUUUUUUUCUUUCUCUCUCUCUCUCUCUCUCUCUCUCUCUCUCUCUCUCUCUCGCUCUCCUUUUCCCCCUUGUCAUCGCACUACAGAUUCUGAGCGCAUGACUUUUGGUCUGUAUUGAACUGCAUAUGUACCGGGAGUGUCUAUUCUGUAACCUACCUCACCAAGUUGUGUUGGAGGGGUUUCGAUGUAAGGACCAAAAUUAAAAUGACUGAGUAUAUUAGA